AUGUUUUUCAGAAGAACAAAGAAGGGCCUGGUACUUCUUCUUUUAUAUGUUGAUGACAUGGUAAUAACAGGUAGUGACACAAAAGGUAUCAUUGCUCUAAAGUCUCACUUACAUUCAUGUUUUGAAAUGAAAGAUCUUGGGUCUUUAAGAUACUUUCUUGGUAUAGAAGUUGAUAAAUCACAUGAUGGGCAUUUCAUAUCUCAAGUUAAAUGUGCAUCUGAAAUUAUUCUUCGUGCUGGUUUAACCGAUAGCAAAGUUGUAGAAACGCCUCUUGAGCUGAAUGUCAAAUUAAAUCACACUAAUGGAAAAGUUCUUCCUAAUCCAACUUUGUACCGUCAGCUUGUUGUUAGUCUUAAUUAUCUGACGAUUACAAGGCCAGAUAUUAGCUAUGCAGUUCAUAUCGUCAGUCAAUUCAUGUCUGCUCCUCGUACCUCUCAUUUUGAUGCAGUUCUUCGAAUCAUAUGGUAUAUCAAAGGCACUUUAUAUCAGGGUUUACAUUUUUCUACCACAUCUGACCUUCGUCUUAGAGCAUACACCGACUCAGAUUUGGAAGGGGAUGUUACAGAAAGACGUUCUACCACUGGAUACUGUAUGUUUCUAGGAAACUCUUUAAUCUCAUGGCUUAGUAAGAAACAGUCAGUGGUUUCUCGGUCUAGUGCUGAAGCUGAGUAUAAAACUAUGGCACACACUACUGCUGAAAUAGUUUGGUUAAGAUGGCUUCUUGGUGACAUGGGAAUUUACUUAACAGAGUCGACUCCUAUAUAUUGUGAUAACAAAGCUGCUAUUCACAUCGCUCAUAAUGAUGUCUUCCAUAAACGUACAAAGCAUAUAGAAAUAGACUGUCACUUUGUACGACAUCAUCUCGGGAAAAAGACCAUUACACUGCCUUAUGUUCGAUCAGAAUUUAAACUUGCAGAUCUCUUCACUAAGUCCCUACCUUCUCAUCGACUACAAUUUUCUGAUAAACAACCUCAAGAUGUGUUCAGCACCAUAUAG